GAAACACGUCAUCUCGGUCUGUGAUAUUAUCAUCGGAAAAUCUCCGAUUCCCUGACAUUUCCCAACAGCAGCGCCUGCCACGGUUUCCAUUAAUCCAAUGUAAAUAAACCCCUUAAUUCCACACCCCCCCACGACAUGCCGGCCACGACGAGCAAAGUACGUCCAACAAGUUAAGCUGCUGUACCCUUUAUCACCAUUCUCAGAUAACCUCCCAUCACAGCUCAUACACUACUAUUCAUUUCCUUCCUUUCUUUCCAUUUUCGGGUUUUCCCUCCUUGCUCGGUUUUUCCUCUUUUUGGGUUUUUUGUUUUCCGGCGUUUCAGUGAGCUGAGCUGCUACCGAAAUGGCGGAGGAGGACUCGGCGAAGUGUAUUUACCUUCACGGGGAUCUAGAGUUGAAAAUCUUUGAAGCUAGAGCAUUACCCAACUUGGAUUUGGUGUUCGAUCAAGUCAACCGCUGUGUCGUCGCUUGUAAAGCUUUCGUCUCCCCCUCGGAACCGGGAUCUCGCCGUGGGAGUGAACGGAAAAUCAAACACCAUGGGAAGAGAAUCACUAGCGAUCCCUACGUUACUGUUUCGGUUCCCCAACCUACCGUGGCUGGAACACGUGUUAUCAAGAAUUCCAGGGUUACCGUGGCUCGAACACGUGUUAUCAAGAAUUCCAAAAACCCUGUCUGGGAAGAGACGUUUAAUAUCCCCCUCGCGCAUCAGGUAGUUGACCUUGAGUUCCGGGUUAAGGAUGAUGAUCUGUUCGGGGCCGAGCUAAUGGGGACUGUCAAGAUCCCGGCUAAGGAUAUCGCUACCGGGAAGCCAAUCAGCGGCUGGUUUUCGGUGAUUGGGCCCAAAGGGAAGCCGCCGAAGCCAGACACGGCUCUUCGGAUUGAGAUGCAAUUCACGCCCUGUGAUAAGAAUCCGCUAUACAGUCAAGGCAUUGCCAGCGAUCGGGAGCAGGCAGGUGUUAGGCACACCUACUUCCCAUUGAGGAAAGGGAGUGAGGUGACGCUGUACCAGGAUGCUCAUGUGCCGGAUGAAAUGUUGCCUGAAAUUAAAUUGGAUCACGGAAGGGUUUAUAAGCAGCACAAGUGUUGGGAAGAUAUUUGCUGUGCAAUAUCAGAGGCUCACCAUUUGAUAUACAUUGUAGGUUGGUCAGUGUUUAAUAAGAUUAAGCUUGUAAGGGAACGGACCCCGCCAUUGCCACGAGUUGGGAAGUUUACGCUUGGUGAAUUGCUCAAAUACAAAUCAGAAGAAGGAGUUCGAGUUUUGUUGUUGAUUUGGGAUGAUAAGACCUCCCAUGAUAAAUUGGGGAUCAAAACGGCAGGAAUGAUGAAGACACAUGAUGAGGAAACCAAGAAGUUUUUCAAACAUUCAUCUGUCUCUUGCGUCCUGGCUCCUCGUUAUGCAAGCAGUAAGGUUGGGUAUUUCAAACAAAAGAUCGUCGGAACCAUGUUCACACAUCAUCAGAAAUGUGUUCUCGUUGACACACAAGCAGCUGGUAAUAAUCGAAAGAUAACUGCAUUCUUGGGUGGCAUUGAUCUCUGUGAUGGUCGAUAUGAUACACCAGAGCAUCGAUUAUUUCGUGAUCUUGAUGGUGUCUUUAAGGAUGAUUUUCAUAAUCCUACGUUUUCUGUGAUUGUAGUUUUAAUCUUGGCAUUUGUUUGCUUUCCUCCCUAUCAGACUGGAAUCAAGGCUCCAAGACAACCAUGGCAUGAUUUGCACUGCAGGAUUGAUGGACCAGCUGCUUAUGAUGUUCUUAUAAACUUUGAGCAGCGUUGGAGGAAAGCAACCAAAUGGAAUGAGUUUAGUUUACUUUUUAAAGGAAAAUCCCAUUGGCAUGAUGAUGCUUUGAUUAGGAUAGAACGGAUCUCCUGGAUACUAAGUCCUUCCCUAGAUUUUUCGGGUGAUGGGACCACAAAAGAUUUUUCGGGUGAUGGGACCACAAAAGUUCCAAAAGAUGAAUCCAGCGUAAGGGUUUCUGCUGAAGAUAAUCAUGAAAACUGGCAUGUUCAGAUUUUCCGGUCCAUUGACUCAGGAUCAGUGAGAGGAUUUCCAAUAGACGUUGAUGAAGCUUGUGCCCAGAAUCUUAUCUGUGCGAAGAGUGUGGUAAUUGAUAAAAGCAUUCAAACAGCAUAUAUCCAGGCAAUCAGAUCUGCUCAACAUUACAUAUAUAUUGAAAAUCAGUAUUUUCUUGGAUCAUCAUAUGCAUGGCCAUCACAUAAAAAUGCAGGUGCUGAUAAUCUAAUCCCAAUGGAGUUGGCACUGAAGAUUGCUAGUAAAAUUAGAGCUAAUGAGAGGUUUGCAGUGUAUGUCAUUAUUCCAAUGUGGCCUGAAGGUGAUCCUAAAUCUGAUCCCAUGCAGGAAAUUCUCUUUUGGCAGUAUCAGACAAUGCAGAUGAUGUAUGAAGUUGUUGCAAAUGAAUUAAGAUCCAUGCAGCUUCCUGACUCCCAUCCUCAAGAUUACCUCAAUUUCUAUUGUCUCGGUAACAGGGAAAAAAUGCCUGAGGAAAAGCUGGCUGGCAAUGGUGAUAAGGUCUCUGAUUCACAAAAAUUUCAGAGAUUCAUGAUUUAUGUGCAUGCUAAGGGAAUGAUUGUAGAUGAUGAAUAUCUGAGAGCUGCUACUCAAAUGGCGGAAAAUUCAGGGAACUCUGUUUUCCUUCACGGUGAUCUAGAGUUGAGAAUUAUUGAAGCUAGAAAAUUACCAGACAUGCAUUUGGUAUUCAAUCAAGUUGUCCGCUGCGUUGUCGCUUGUAAAGCUGGCGUCUCCCCCUCGCACCAGGAGCCUCGCCGUCGGGGCAAACGGAAAAUCAAGAGCCAUUGGAAGAGAAUCACUAGCGAUUCCUACGUUGUCGUUUCGGUACCUCAGGCUAUUGUCGCUUGCACAGCUAUCAACAAGAAUACCAAAAACCCUCGCUGGAACGAGAAGUUCAAUAUUCCGCUCGCGCAUCCAGUAGUCUACUUCGACUUCCAGAUUAAGGAUGAUAGUCUGUUCGGGACCAAGCUUAUCGGGAUUGUCAAGAUCCCUGCUAAGGAUAUCGCCACCGGGGAGCCUAUCAGCGGCUGGUUUCCGGUGAUAGGCCCCAAAAGAAAGCCGCCGAAGCCAGAAUCGGCUCUUCAGAUUGAGAUGCGAUUCACCCCGUGUGAUAAGAAUCCACUUUACCGCCAAGGCGUCGCCAGCGAUCCGGAGCAGGCCGGCGUUAGGAACACCUACUUCCCAUUGAGAAAAGGGAGUGAGCUGAGGCUGUACCAGGAUGCUCAUGUGCCGGAUGGAAUGUUGCCUGCAAUUAAAUUGGAUCACGAAAGGGUUUAUAAGCAGCACAAGUGUUGGGAAGAUAUUUGCUGUGCAAUAUCAGAGGCUCAGCAUUUGAUAUACAUUGUAGGUUGGUCAGUGUUUUAUAAGAUUAAGCUUGUAAGGGAACGGAACCCGCCAUUGCCACGAGUUGGGAACUUUACGCUUGGUGAAUUGCUCAAAUACAAAUCAGAAGAAGGAGUUCGAGUUUUGUUGUUUCUUUGGGAUGAUAGGACUUCCCAUCAUAAAUUGGGGAUCAAAACUGCAGGAGUGAUGCACACGCAUGAUGAGGAAACCAAGAAGUUUUUCAAACAUUCAUCUGUCAUUUGUCUCCUGGCUCCUCGUUAUGCAGAUACUAAGCUUGGCUAUUUCAAACAACAGGUCAUUGGAACCAUGUUCACACAUCAUCAGAAAUGUGUUCUCGUUGAUACACAGGCAGCUGGUAAUAAUCGAAAGAUAACAGCAUUCUUAGGUGGUAUUGAUCUCUGUGAUGGUCAUUAUGACACACCAGAGCAUCGAUUAUUUCAUGAUCUUGACACUGUCUUCAAGGAUGAUUUUUAUAAUCGUACGUUUCCUGCUGGAAUCAAGGCUCCAAGACAAGCUUGGCAUGACUUGCACUGCAGGAUUGAUGGACCAGCUGCUUAUGAUGUUCUUCUAAACUUUGAGCAGCUUUGGAGGAAAUCAAUCAAAUGGAAAGAGUUUAGUUUACUUUUUAAAGGAAAACUCCAUUGGCAUGAUGAUGCUUUGAUUAGGAUAGAACGUAUGUCAUGGAUACUAAGUUCUUCCCUUACUGUUUUGGAUGAUGGGACCACAAUAGUUCCAAAAGAUGAUUCCAUAGUAAGGGUUUCUGCUGAAGAUAAUCCUGAAAACUGGCAUGUUCAGAUUUUCCGGUCCAUUGCCUCAGGAUCAGUGAGAGGAUUUCCAACAUAUGUUGAUGCAGCCCAUGCCCAGAAUCUUAUCUAUUCAAAAGGUCUGGUAAUUGAUAACAGCAUUCAAACAGCAUAUAUCCAGGCUAUCAGAUCUGCUCAACAUUACAUAUAUAUUGAAAAUCAGUAUUUUAUUGGAUCAUCAUAUGCAUGGCCAUCAUAUAAAAGUCCAAGAGCUGAUAAUAUAAUCCCAAAGGAGUUGGCACUGAAGAUUGCUAGUAAAAUUAGAGCAAACGAGAGGUUUGCAGUAUAUGUCAUCAUUCCAAUGUGGCCUGAGGGUGAUCCUAAAUCUGAAGUUAUGCAGGAAAUUCUCUAUUGGCAGUUCCAGACAAUGAAGAUGAUGUAUGAUGUUGUUGCACGAGAACUAAGAUCCAUGCAGCGUCUGGACUCUCUUCCUCAAGAUUACCUCAACUUCUAUUGUCUUGGUAACAGGGAAAGAAUACCUGAGGAAAAGCUGGCUGGUAAUGGUGAUAAGGUCUCUAAUUCACAAAAAUUUCAAAGAUUCAUGAUUUAUGUGCAUGCUAAGGGAAUGAUUGUAGAUGAUGAAUACGUGAUACUUGGAUCUGCUAAUAUCAACCAAAGAUCAAUGGCUGGUACAAGAGACACUGAGAUAGCAAUGGGUGCAUAUCAACCUCAUCACACAUGGGCUAGGAAGAAAAGACAACCAUGCGGCCAGGUAUAUGGAUAUAGAACAUCACUGUGGGCAGAGCAUCUCGGUACCAUUGAUAAGUGCUUCAAUGAGCCAGAAAGCCUGGAAUGCGUAAAGGCAGUAAACGCAAUUGCUGAAGAUAACUGGAAGAAAUACGUAACAGAUGAAUUUACAUCAUUGCAGGGUCACCUUCUCAAGUAUCCUAUUCACGUAGGUAAAGAUGGAAAAGUAGGUCCUGUUUCCGGAUACGAGAACUUCCCAGAUGUGGGUGGUAAAGUAAUCGGAGCACAAUCCCUUAGGCUUCCUGAUGUUCUAACCACGUAAUCUGUCUGGCUUCAUGCAAGACAGUGAUGCUGCAACAUUGCCAUUUCUCCCAGACUUUGUAGGCUCUUUAAUUAUUAUUGAUUAAUUCUUUGGCCAAACAAAAUUACUACUGAUUAAUUCAUUGGUCACGUGGGUUUUUUAUAAAUCUGUGAUUGCGUGUACUAGUGUAAUUAGAAAUGAAAUGUUGAAGAAAUUGAUAUGUAAACA